AGAUGUUCCAUCACUUCGGGUUGUUAUGAUAUUUAUACAUUCUUCAUGUGUCAAGGCGAAAGAAGAGAGCCUACGAAGACUCCCCAAGAAAAUAUUGCAGACUCCAUCAACGCAAAGUGCCCGACUGUUGAAGAUGAAAUUGAAGAACAAUUUCCUGACGGUAUUGUUGACGACUGUUUUACUUGUAAAAACAUCAGAGGCAGCUUGUGGCGGUCAACUUCAAGGUCCGAACGGGUCGUUUUCCACCCCAGGCUUCCCUCAGAGUUACCCCAAUAACGCCCUUUGCGUGUGGAGAGUGGGCCUGGCACGAGGCUCAACACUGAAUAUCACUUUCACGGAAUUUCAUACGGAGCCAUGCUGUGAUAUCCUCGAAAUUCGAAAUGGAUCGUCUAGCAGAUUUUUUAGUGGUGAUUUAACGCCCUUCUACGUUACAACGACGGCCUACGAUAAUAACACAGUUAUCACGAUAGACUUCUCCUCUGACAGCUCUGCAAACGAGAAGGGCUUCAUGGCAAAUUACACCAUUACGGGGCCACCAGCACCUGUACCAACACCAACCUCAACAUCCGCGACGCCAACGCCAACACAACCACCCAUUAUUGGUAAGUUAAAAUAUAUAUUCCUCUUACUAACCGAUUUCCGAGGGCCGUACUGUAAGUUACGGACCGAGUUUUUCACCACCAAGCGCGAAGAGCGCGGGCCAUAA